CCCCCCCCCCCACAGCAGAGAAUCACUAUCUAACCCUGUCAAUAAUGUUAAAGUUGAAAAAAAAAAAAACAAAACCUUGUCUAGGAUGCAAUGCUGGUCACCAUUUCCAAAAACUAGCUGAAAAAUGUGCCAUGAACCCCUGGAAAAUGUGUUAUACCCUGAGAUAAACUCAUUUUUUACAGCAACAAAGCCAUGUUUUAUUAGACAGUGACUCUGUGUGUGUGUGUGUGUGUGUGUGUGUGUGUGUAUACUAACAUUUCCAUGUACCCUCUGAUAUACAAUAUCAAAUAUUUCACAUAUCAGAAUAUACUAAGAAAAGUAGGUUUUGCCAUUUCUCAAAACAUAUCCCUCAUCUCUUUUCAGUUCUGCAUUUCCCUCAAGAGUAAGUUCUAUUGCGGAAGGCACCUGUUGGGAUGAACGCUGCGUGUUGUAUGGAAACCAAUUUGACAAUAAAUUUCAUAUUAAAAAAUAAAAUAAUUUUUUAAAAAAGAGUAAGUUCUGACUUCUGUCGCUAUGUUACUACAGACAAAUAAGCAAAUUCACCAUCUGUCUAUCACUGGAAUAUAACGUGUUUGUCAUGUUCAUUUUGUCCCAGGAUGAAGUGACCAAGUAACCCUAGCAUCUCCCCUGAAGGGUCCAAACCAUGCUUCAGAGAUGGAUAUUUUUUGGAGGUUUAGCAUUUAGAUUUUGCUUUGUGCUUUCUUAGGUGCAGUGUCUUUGGCAAAGUCAUUUCUCUUAAAGACUCAUUUUCACUAUUUUUAAAAUCUGUCAGUGGUGUCUUCCAAAAGAUGGGAGAGGCCCAGGACACUUGGUGUAUUGAAAGGCAAGAGUGAUGUAUUACAGUUAAAAUGAAGUGUACAUGGUAGAGAAUUUGAUUUGGAAUAUUUGGCUUCCCAUCCUUGAAGAAUUAGUGAUGCCAGGAGUCUACAGCUAACUACAGCUAGUCUACAUCUAACUAUCUAUAUACCCCACAAUCUGUAUCUAGAUAUAUAGAUAGAUGGAGAUAUGGAUAUACAGAUAAGUAUAGGCAUAGGAGUUUCUUUCUUUACAGAUGAUGAAUAGCUCCUGAAAAGAUUCCCCUACAUGCUGGCAUUGAGAAAAUCCCAGUGCAAGAGGAUACUCUCUUGCUAGUCAAGCCCAAGUGGAUAAACUCAGUCCCUGAAUUCCAGAGAAGGUACAUGGGUCCAUAACAGGCAAGGCCACAUGGCUGUUGACUAAUGGUCCAAUGGAGAAGAACCUCUGUCUCUAUGGCACCAUCUUACGUUCUGCCCCAGAGCCUUCCACUUGGUUGUGGGAUCUGGUUUGAAUAAGGAUUUGAGCCCAUUAGACAUUGGUCAAGGAAAACACUCACUUCUCAUGGGAAACUUAAACAGGACGUUUGGUCUCCUUCAGACCCCACCCAAGAGCUAUCCAGAGCUAAGUUCUUUAGGAAGGAACCAUUACUUGUGAGGCAAUAGAUGUAGAAAUUCUCUGACAAGGAACUCUUACCUCAUACUUCCUGCUGAUUUAUCUUACUGUUUUAUGAGGAUCUGUCAUUCUGCUAAUGUGCCCCAACAAGAGACUAACUGGGCUGAGGUUCUGACAGAAUCAUGGCCCCCAGAGACACCAUCCAUCUCUGUCUCGUGCUCUGUCUGAGCCAGAAGCUUUGGGCACAGGAAGGGUAUUUCCCCAUUCCUAUUAUAUCUGCCACACCUGGUUCUGUGAUUCCCUGGAAUGAGUCUGUGAAGAUCCUGUGUUGGGGGACUCCUGAGUCUUACUUGUACCAACUGGAAAUCCUGAGAAACCUCACAUUUGAGGUGGUAGAGAAGAAAUUGGGAUUUCAGGAGAAGGCUGAAUUCCUCAUUAGCCACAUGAAUACCAACACUGCAGGGCGUUAUCAGUGCCAAUAUAGGAAAGAGUACAAAUUAUCAGAGCACAGCAAAACCCUGGAGCUGGUGGUGACAGGCUUGUACAACAAACCGUCCCUCUCAGCAGUGCAGGGCAUGGUGGUGAUGCUGGGAGAGAAUAUUUCCCUGCAGUGCAGCUCAACAGACAUCCCAUUUGAUAGAUUUUCACUGACCAAAGAAGGAGGAGCCACCCUGUCACAGCACCAAAGUGGGGUACACCAAGGCAACUUUAUUCUAGGCCCUGUGAACCACAACUUCUCAGGGAACUACAGGUGCUAUGGUUGGUACAGUGGCAGCCCUUAUGUGUGGUCAGCCCCCAGUGAUGCCCUGGGGCUUGUGGUCACAGAUAUAAUGAACCAAGAUUACACAAUGGAGAAUUUGAUCCGAAUGGGCGUGGCAGGACUGGUCCUUGUGGCUCUCUUGGCCAUAGUCAUUGGAAAUUGGCACAGCCAUAAGGUUCCAAACAAGGAAGACUGGCCAGAUUUUCCUGAACUGAGCCGGAGUCAACACAAAUGUCAGACUGGACCUUUGGACAAAGCCUUAAGAGACACCAGGGCCUUGCGUGGAAAAGCAUACUGUAAACCUGGGAAUAAAAAGACCCUCCCCUCCUAGAAAAAGACUACGUUGUCUGGUAGCCAUGAUGACAAAAAGCCGCCGGAACCAGUUUUUCACCCAUCAGCAAUGACCACUCCCCUCCAUGAAAAACGCCCUGGUGAUUCAACCAAUCAGCUCCUUGCUUCUAAAUGUCAGCCAAUCAGAAACGGAUUUACUUCAGUAACUGCACCUGUGAGUGACAGCCAACCCUUCAGAAGGGAAACAAAAAUAAUAUAAAA